AUGAUGUCCUUCACCCUCGUCAUUACCAUCAUCAGUCUCCUCGCCCACUCCAUCCAGGCCUCCAGUUCCGCCUUUGUUAUCGCCGAGAAGCUCCUACGUGGUAGUGGUGACCACUGUCAAAUUGUCUGCGAUGAGCGUCCCGACUGCAUCUUCAGCUAUUGUGGUGAUGACCAUAAAUGUCACAACCUCGGCGAGAUCGGUUCCAAUGCUGACAUUCCCUAUGUGCAGAUAGUCUCCGCCAUUAAGUCUAAAGUAUGA